GGCUAUCCAGCGUGGCGCCUGGUGGCCGAGCCUGUCGCGGGAGGACCAGGCCGCAUGUUCUUGCCACGAGAACCCCUAGCAGCCUAGCCUUGGAGUAACUGGAUCAGGUGCAUUCGUUGGUUCAUUCAGAUACUGUUAAGAGCCAGCUCUGGGCUAGGUACUUCUUACACCUUCUGAUGGGGAAGACGGAACUGAGAACUUGCACGGAACUGUGAGAAAGUAUAACGGGAAGUGAGCUAAGAUCUCGAAGGUGAGCAGGAGAUAACCAGAGAAAGCACGUCCAGGACUGCGAAAACUACUCACACAAAGGCUGUCAAGCCAGAAAGUUUCGAAACUGAAAGGCCCAUGAGGUUGGAGCUAGCGAAACUUAAGGAGUCUGGGGUUCCAGAUGAGGCUAGAGAGGAGUGAGAUGGCCUCAAUCUUGCGAAGCCCUCAGGCUCUCCAGCUCACUCUAGCCCUGAUCAAGCCUGAUGCAGUCGCCCAUCCACUGAUUCUGGAGGCUGUUCAUCAGCAGAUUCUCAGCAACAAGUUCCUGAUUAUACGAAUGAGAGAACUACUGUGGAGAAAGGAAGAUUGCCAGAGGUUUUACCGAGAGCAUGAAGGGCGUUUUUUCUAUCAGCGGCUUGUGGAGUUCAUGGCCAGUGGGCCAAUCCGAGCCUACAUCCUCGCCCACAAGGAUGCCAUCCAGCUCUGGAGGACGCUCAUGGGACCCACCAGAGUGUUCCGAGCACGCUAUGUGGCCCCAGAUUCCAUUCGUGGGAGUUUUGGCCUCACUGACACCCGCAAUACCACCCAUGGCUCCGACUCUGUGGUUUCAGCCAGCAGAGAGAUUGCAGCUUUCUUCCCUGACUUCAGUGAACAGCGCUGGUACGAGGAGGAAGAGCCCCAGUUGCGCUGUGGCCCUGUGUGCUAUAGCCCAGAGGGAGGUGUCCACUAUGUAGCCGGAACAGGAGGCCUAGGACCAGCCUGAUGCAGUCUAUGAAGACCAGUGGCAUCGCCCAGACUUUUCUCCUAGGUGUCUAGUCUAAAACAUUCUCCUGGGACCAGGGAGGCCUGGGCUCAUAAUACCAUUUCUGCUGGGCGUCACCACCUGCCUGAGGGCCUAGCUUACCACUGAACAUCCUCCAGAAUCUAGCUUUCUAUCUACCUCUUCUCUGGAAUGUUCAUGGUGGUUCACAAGAAUGAUGACUCCUCCUUUUACUGAGAACUGUUCAUCCUUCAACAAGCUUGCCUAACUGACUUGCCUGAAGAAUGCAGUGACUCUAAGCAACAUCUGGCCUGUCUUCCUCAAUAAAAGUCAGUGUUCUGAA